AUGAGCACCGUGUCCGCCCUCAUGAGGCCAUCUCAACUGGCCCUCAUCAACAAAGAUGUUCUACUAAGCAAGGAAACUACAACUUCACAAAAUCUGACCUUCGGUCGAGAGUCAUUGACUCAUCGGCACUCAAGUAGUCGCCUCGGGUCAUCAGAUGCCAUGGAAGUGCUUAGGAACGAGACUUCGCAGAAUUCAUUCAGCGAUGAUUCUGAUCAUCCCUCUACCAAGAAGCAGAAGUUGGAACAUGCGAGACCUGAACCUACUGUCAACACACGCUCCUCUGGUUUGGAGAGAAUACUCGCAAAAAUUUCUCCAACUGUCCUGCCAGCAAUCAAUUCAGCGGUCGGCGAGCAUGAUACCCAGACUGACAACACAGGGGAGCUUGUUCGACUCCAGCGAGAACUUGUUGCAGCCAACUCCAAGAUCGCUUUCCAGGAACAGGAACUUGCCCAGACACGCGUGAUCAAACAUACCUUGGAUCAAGCUCUGGGUACCCCCUCGGAAGCGGAUUUCGGUGGCCGUGAGAUCACCGAGCAGACCAUAAGCCAUCUACAGAAUGCUUUCAAUGCUUCAAACCCUGCAUUCGGUCAGUUUCAGGAUGCAUGGAACCCCCAGGAGGAUUCUCAGUCCGACAUUUCCGAUGCACUGUCUGCUGGAGCCUAUAAUCGUACCCGAGGACUAUGGAAUCAGCAAGGUCAAGUACCCUUUGGAGUAACUGCGAACGAUACCCCCUUUGAUAAAUCUUACAGUGAAACCUUUCAGGGUGCGAAUCAAGUCACCCAGGACACGAAUCGAUUUUGGGGUGGCGCGACGGCUUACCCUGCCUUUACACCCCAGGGACCCUUGCCAGCCCAAAGAGUGUUAUCGGGGCCCUCAGCAAGCACGUACAGCUUCUAUUCCAGGCCUGUAGUCGAACAGGCUCGUUAUACCCAAGCUCCAAAUCCUGGAAAUCGUCGCUCUAUUACCCAAGGAAGCCGCCCGGGCUCUUUUAUCUCUACUCAGCCUAAUGCUUGGGGCACUGUCAUUCCAAUAUCCCCCGCGGAACCUGUUCCCAAAUCUCCCUCCUCGCCUACCUCAAGACCCUCGAGUACAUUUCAAUCCAUUGGAAUAUACCAAAUGCCGCCCUAUCCUCCACGACCAAUGCCAACUGCUCUGUCGCCAACAGCUACGGAGUUUACCGCUGGGAACCCGAAUUCGUCCCCUUGGACAAAUUCACCUCCCGGAGGAACCUCUUUACAGACGUAUGUGUCGCCACUUGAGCCUCUCAACUACCGACGUCUCCUAGAUAAGAACGUCUCGUGCGACUGGAAGUACAUCGUGGACAAGAUUAUCUGCAACAAUGACCAGCAAGCAUCUAUUUUUCUACAGCAGAAGCUAAAAGUCGGCACAACAGAGCAAAAAUAUGAGAUAAUUGAAGCGAUCGUGAGCCAAGCCUAUCCAUUGAUGGUGAAUCGGUUUGGAAACUUUCUUGUUCAGCGCUGUUUCGAACACGGAACAUCUGAGCAAAUUGUUGCCAUCGCAAAUGCAAUCAGAGGCAAUACUCUCAGUCUGAGCAUGGAUCCAUUCGGCUGCCAUGUCAUUCAGAAAGCUUUCGACUGUGUCCCAGAGGAGCAUAAGGCUGUCAUGGUACAUGAGCUUCUUCGACGGAUCCCAGAAACCGUUAUUCAUCGAUACGCCUGCCAUGUCUGGCAAAAGCUCUUUGAACUGAGAUGGACCGGAGAGCCCCCUCAAGUCAUGACCAAGGUGAACGAAUCUUUGCGCGGGAUGUGGCAUGAAGUUGCUUUGGGGGAGACGGGAAGCUUGGUUGUUCAAAAUAUUUUUGAAAACUGCGUUGAGGAAGAGAAGCGACCGGCAAUCGAAGAGGUUCUGGGAAAAGUCGAUGUUCUAGCCCAUGGACAAUUCGGUAACUGGUGCAUUCAGCAUAUUUGUGAACAUGGCGCCCCUCAUGAUAAAAGUCGCGCCAUUGAGCAUGUUAUUCAUUAUGCAGUCGACUAUAGCAUGGAUCAGUUUGCAUCAAAGAUCGUCGAAAAAUGUUUGAAGAUUGGGGGCUCAGAAUUUCUAGAUCGCUAUCUUACUCGAGUCUGUACUGGGCGUACUGAUCGGCCUCGGAUGCCUUUGAUUGAUACUGCCGGUGAUCAGUAUGGCAAUUAUUUAAUCCAAUGGAUUUUGAUGAACGCUGCACCACAUCAACGCGAGCUCGUUGCUAGUCACAUCCGGAAGCACAUGGUAUCCCUUCGUGGUUCGAAAUUUGGCUCACGCGUCGCCAUGCUUUGCUGCAACCCAUCUCACGCUACACGCCCUGGGCCUGGAACUGGCAUCCAAAUUGGGCGAUUCAAUCAUUUCAACGAAGACAGAUUUUCUUCUGCAAACCAAAACGGAGGCCGCUUUAGCCGCGGGAGUCAAUGGAAUACGAACUAUGCACCUUUUCGUUAA